AUGGGGUGCGCGUCGUCGGCACCCGAGAGCGAGACGGCGAAGGCGGUGGCUAGGGAGAAGAAGAGCCUGAAUGCGAUGCGUACGGCGUUUCCCGCGGCGUUCGUCGAGGCGUACGAGGUGCUCGAUUGCGAUUAUUACGAUCGAUACGGUGGGGCUUUUCGAGUGAUUUCGAUCACAGAUGAUAUCGAACGCACGGCAAAGGUGAUGCGGAUCGUGGAGAAGGCUGAGGAUAAGGAUGACGAGUCGAUGACGCUGGCGCAGUUCAACACGGAGGAGUAUGUGCUCGAGUUGAUGCACAGCGAAUCGGUGACGAAGCUGCACGAGAGCUUCCUGGAGACGCGACGGAAACCGUACAUUGGCGUGCAUAUUUUAGAUCGAGUCACGGGUGAUCGGUUGGUCGAUCGCGCGCAAAAGAAGGGGGGGAAGUUUAGCGAAGACGAAGCGCGAGUCAUCCUGACGCAGUUGGCCCAGGUGUUGAGCACCUUGGACAAUUUGGGGGCGACGUGCGGAUCUUUGGAGCUCAGCACGGUGUUCUUCGUCGACAACUACGAGGACGAUAUCAUGAUAACAUCGAUGCCCUAUUGCACGCUCGUGGGACGGGACGCACCGUUUGAGUUUCGGUACGAGACGUACGAGUGGCUCGAUCCGGAGACCGGAGAAACAGUCAUCCGCACGUAUCCGUUCGAUAGCAGAGAUAUCCGCUUCGCCGCGCCCGAGCGAUUUGAUCCGGGUAAACGGCGGAGGGAUCUACGAAAACCGGUCGACUGCUGGGCGUUUGGGGUUAUCAUGUUCACGAUGCUCGCGGGGUAUCGUCCGUUUGACGAUGAAGACCUCCCGACGCUGUGCGAGCGCAUCCGUCGCGGUAACUUCACCGCCUUCACGUACGACAUCGAGACCUGGGGUGGCAUCUCCCUCGCCGCCAAAGAUCUAAUCGCUGGAUGCUUGCGCGUCGAUCCACGUCGCCGCUUCGACGCCAAGCGCAUCGUAUCUCACCCCUGGCUCACCAACGCGACGUUUGCGCAGACGCAGAGUACGCCGCCCCAGAGCUCGCGAUCGGACCACUCCGUUCUCGACGAAUUCGACGAGCUCGACGACGAAGAGUUCGUUUCACCGCACGUCGACCCGAGCGACGAUCCUACGGCUCGCGUUCCUACGGCCGCGUGA